AUGGAUAAUGAAACACAUAGAUUUCAAGAACUCAUUCCUCUUAUCCAUACGUUUGAUGGAAAAAGUAUACCUCCAAAACCUAACAAAAUAGUUCGUCCAUGGAAAAGAGAAGAAGAUGAACUAUUACUUCAAGCUGUUGAAGAAAUUGGAACUAAACGAUGGCAUUUAGUUGCACAACGUAUUCCAAAUAGAACAAGAAAACAAUGUAGAGAAAGGUAUUGCAAUCAUCUUGACCCUGAUAUUAUUAAAGUUCCAUGGAGUGAAAAAGAAGACCAAAUAUUAAAAGAGGCAAAAGCAUUAUAUGGUAAUAGAUGGACUUUAAUUAAAAUGAAAUUACCAGGAAGAACAGCAAAUCAAGUAAAAAACAGAUAUUUUGCUAAAUUUUCUGAUGUUGAUGAAAAAGAAAAAAGAGAAUCAAAAAUAAUGUCAGUAUUUACUCCAGUUGAUAAACGUUUAUUCAAUAUUUGUAUUAGUAAUAAAUAUUACUGA